CUCCAAAACAGGACGGUACAUUUCUACCAGGUGUUUCAGAUUGUAUCAUAAGAGAUGGUGACCCCAAAAUAAGCGAGAAGAUAUUAAAUGGCAUACGAGCAGAAAAUAUCAGAGAAUACCUAAGAGACCUAUCAGCAAAUCCUCACCUUGCUGGAACUCCUGCCGACUGGGAACAAGCCAACGAUUUACGCAAUUUUUGGACAGACAAUGGGUUGGACGAGGUAUUUAUCAGUGAAUAUGACGUGUUGUUGUCAUAUCCUAAUACAACAGAUGAAGAUAAUAUGAACCAGAUACAGAUCGUCGACAACAGUACCGGAAAUAUCAUCUAUAAAUCACCAUUGUACGAGGAUAUAUUAGAUGAAUCGGAAAACAAGUCAAAUGUUGUUCCCCCUUUUAAUGCUUAUUCUAAAUCAGGAACUGUUGAAUCGAAUCAGUUAAUUUAUGUUAACUAUGGAAGAAUUGAGGAUUAUACACAUUUAGACAGUGUAAAUAUCAAUGUAUCCGGGAAGAUAGUAAUUGCAAGAUAUGGGAAGAUAUUUCGAGGAGAUAAAGCAAAUCUAGCUUAUAUGCAUGGGGCCAUAGGAAUUAUAUUAUACUCGGAUCCUGAAGACUAUGCUAUGGGACAAACUGAUAGUUUACACGUAUAUCCUCACGACUGGUGGCUUCCGGCCUCAGGGGUACAACGCGGAACCAUAUUUCUGAGGUCUGGAGAUCCUUUAACACCUGGAUAUCCAGCAACAGAUACUGCAUACCGUCUAGGAGAGGAUGAACCCGAAGCUGGUUUACCAAAGAUUAUAACACACCCUGUUGGAUAUGGCGUCGCCGAAAACAUACUGCAACAGAUGACUGGUGAUAACGUUCCAUCUGAGUGGGAAGGUAAGGUGCCAAACGUCACUUACAGAUAUGGUGGACAACUGACCAAUUCAACAUGGAGAGUGAAAAUGAGGAUAUCUACAACAAAUAAAAGAGCCAAAACUUACAAUGUAAUAGGAAUAAUAAGGGGAGCUAUUGAACCAGACAGGUACGUACUUAUGGGUAACCACAGAGACGCUUGGGUGUUUGGUGCAAUCGAUCCUUCUAGUGGCACAGCUGUAAUGAAGGAGGUGUCACGUGUCAUGGGACAACUGGUUAAAAGAAACAAAUGGCGACCACGUCGAUCAAUAAUAUUUUGUAGCUGGGGAGCAGAAGAAUAUAAAUUAGUUGGUUCUGUAGAAUGGGUUGAGCAAUAUGUUAAAAAUCUAGCGGAGAGAUCACUUGCUUAUCUAAAUGUUGAUAAAGCCUUGCAAGGUAACUUUUCUCUAAGGGCGCUGUCGACUCCACUGUUGUAUGAUGUCAUUUUCGCAGCUACUAAAAAGGUACCUAAUCCAGACUCUACUGAAAUCCAUAAAACUGUUUAUGAUAAAUGGAAGGCAUCUUUUCCAAAGGAUAGGAGUGACCCUAAUAGUGUUCCUCGUGUAAGUGGUAUUGGUUCCGGGAGUGAUUAUGCUCCAAUGGUACAAAUGGUUGGUUUACCCAGCUGUGAUAUCCGUUAUACAUUCGAUCAUGACAAGUACCAAUUGUUCUCAGAUCCAUUGUACCAUUCAAAGUAUGAAACUUUUAAGAUGGUUGAUGAAAUCAUGGACCGAGGUUUCAAGUAUCACCAAGCCACCGCACGGGUAUGGGCAGAGAUGGCAAGGGCUUUAUCAGAUACAAUGGUUAUUCCAUUUGAUGUUGUAAACUUCGCAAACGAACUGCUAUCCUUGGUAAAUAUCCUAGACGAAGACUAUGGAACAAUGUUGCGAAAUCACAGUAUCAUUUUUGAUGAUUUUAAAAAGGUGACAGUCAGUCUUAAAACAGAGACAAUGGCAUUCAAAAGUAGGCUGCAAAAUGCAAAUAAAUAUAAUCCUCUAGAAAUUCGGCGUAUUAACGAUCAGUUAUCAUUGUUUGAAAGAUCCUUUUUAGAUCCACAAGGUCUACCUGGACGUCCGUUUGCUAGGCAUAUCCUGUUUGCCGAGAGCAAGGUUAACACGUACGCUGGUAGUAGUUUCCCAGGAUUGGUGGAUUCGUUGUUUGAGAUCGACAAAGACCCGGAUCAAAAAGGACGAUGGAAUAUUGUUAAGAAACAUUUUUCAGUAAUUUUAUUUACCAUAGAAUCCGCUAUUUCUACUUUGAGAGAUGUUACAAAAUUUAUGCCAGUAUUUAAUAAAGGUAGUUCGUGA